AUGAAUUCAUUUAUGAGCACCAUCAAAACCGCCGUCUCGGACUCUACGACCGACGGCAACGAGAAGAGUACUAACACAGAGCAACCAUCGUCCACGGAGCUAUUGUCAAGUGCCAAGCAGGUGGCGGAGGCAGCUAAGUUAGCUGCAAGCAACCAAACAGACAAAAUUGACAAGGUUAAGACCGCCGGCGCCGCCGCGGACGUCCUUGAUGCCGCCAAGGAGUACGGAAAGUUUGAUGAGACCCAAGGAGUGGGGCAGUAUCUAAAGAAGGCAGAUGACUAUCUUCACGAGUAUGAGAAGUCCGGUGCUAGUGCUACAACACCACCACCCACCAAGGAGGGCGAAGCUGAGGCACCAGCCGCCGCGCCGCCGGUGGAGGAGAAGAAAAGUGAAAAGGAAGAAUCUGGAAGUGGGUUUGGAGCCGCAGAUGCCCUGAAGGCCGCCGGAAGUUUCUUCAAGUAG